UUAAAUUAUAUAGUAUGUGACAAUAUAUUAAUAUAAUCUAUAAUAUAUCAAGAUAAUUUAUCAAGAAAGUAUUCAUUUCUUUUUUUACAUUUAAAUAUCAAUUAAAUUUAAGAAGAAAUUUCAAAGAAAUUUAAAUAUCAAUUAUAUUGCGAUUUAAACUUUUAUAUCGAAAGAACAAUUGCUUGAUCAUCGUGAGAAGUGAUACAAUAUCGUCAGUUAUACGCAUGCGUUUCAGUUGAAUGUAUAUUUAGUGUAUUGCUUCACGUAACAAGGGCACAGUACCGUGUGUGACAUUGAAUCUACCGGUAUUCGAAGUGAGAGGAUUCCUCUUCUUCUUUCUCUCUGUUUUCUCCCCCCUCUCUAUUAUUAUCCUUCCUUAUUUCUCUUCCUUCUAUUUAUCUCUAUUCCUCCCCUUCCCCUUCUUCAUUUAUUUAUUUUUUUCUUUCUCUAUUAUUCUUAUUUUUCUUUUUUUUUAUUUUUAUUUUUAUUAAAUUUAACGCUAAUUCUUUAUAAUUACGUACUAAAUUUGCAUAACAUGGACAAGAGUAAACGUGAGAGAAAAGUAGCUUCACGAUGGAGAAAUUUUAAACGAAUGCUGUUAAUUAAACGAAAUUUAUAUUGUCUCAUUAUCGUACUUCUAGGAGUAUUGGAAUUCAGAGCAGUUCCACGACAAUAUAUUGGCUUUUAUUGUAAUGAUCCAAAAAUUUCUUUCAAGUUCAAAGGAGAUACAAUUUCUAAUUCAUUUUUAAUAUUUGGAUGUCUUUUAAUACCAAUUAUAGUGAUGUGGAUAGCUGAAUUUGUAUGUUAUCCUGCAAAUAGUUAUGCUACUGAAUUAGGAUAUGUUGGUUCGAGAGCAAAACAAAUAUGGUUAUGGUAUAGACAAUUUUUAAUUGGAUCUGUUAGUUUAUUGUUUACAUGUGAAGUUAUAAAAACUGUAAUUGGCGAACCAAGACCGCACUUUUUGGAUACCUGUAAGCCACGAGAGGCUGAGAAUUGUACCGAUGGAUAUGUGGAAAAAUAUACAUGCACAAAUACAAAUGUUUCAGACUGGAGUAUCUUAGAUUCUAGCAGAUCAUUUCCAUCUGGUCAUUCUUGUCUUUCCAUGCAUACAACUAUUUUUAUUAUAUGCUAUAUACAGCGCCGUUUGCCAGAUCGCUCGGUUAUGCUAAAACCGUGGUUACAAUUGUUGAUGUGCAUGUGGACCGUAGUAUGCUCAUUAACCAGACUUGUUGACAAUAGACACCACUGGUGGGAUGUACUCGCAGGCAUCAUUAUGGGUUUUAUUUGUGGCACAGUAAUUGUUAACGUACUGUGUUGUAAGUUUCAUAUAAAUCGAAAAAUCUCACAAAUUUACUGUGAAAAUGGACAAGUUAAUAUUGAUUAUGAAACAAAGCAAAACGGCAAAAAACUUUUACACGAAACAACAAUUGAUCUUUCAGAAAAUCGUGAAUUAAAAAAUGUUAAGUCAUCGACAUGGAAGGAAUAAAAAUAAAAAAUUCAAUUUGCAAAAGAAACAUUCGAAAAAAUUAUAUAUAUUUUUAAAAACGUUUUUUUUAUAUAAAUUUUCUAAAUUAUUAAUGGAAUUCUAUGCAUUACACAAAGUAGAUACAUUUUAAUUAUAUUUAAAAUUUAAUUCUUCUUUAUUUUAUUCAUAAACAUUUGAGAAAAAAUUACAUGUUGUAGUUUGUAUUGAUAAAUUUAUCAUUAUAUAUAUUUAAGUACAUUUAACAUACAUUGUCAUAAUUUAAAAAUUUAUUUUAAAAUAUUUCUUAAUUAUAUAAUUAUUAUUUAAAUUAUAAUGUUUUAAUUUUAAUAUUCAGAAGUAUUGAUUAACUGUAUUUUUGAAUUAUUGAUUAUCAUUUUUAUUAAAUAAUUAAAAAUUACAAUUUUUUAGAAACAAAAAGAAAUUAAAAACAAAAAAACAACAAUAAUAAUAAUAAACACUAAUAAUAAAACUUUUUCAAAUGUUUCUUUUUUUUCAAAAAGUAUUUUCUUGCAAUUUAAUGUAAUGAAAAAUAUUAAGCAAAAACAAAACUUUUUUAACAUAUCAAAUUAAUGUAAAGAACAAAAAAGAAAUUCUUCUUAUAUUAUAAAAAAUCUAUUUAAAUAGUUAAUUUCUCAUUUUUUAUAUUUAUAUUAUAUUUUUGACAUGAUCAUUAAUUUAUAUAUUAAUGAUCACGCAUGUUAUAGUAUUGGUUAAAGAGAUUUAAUUCUAAGAAUAAUAAUUCAAUCUAGAAAAUAUAUAAAACAAAAUAUAUAAAAUAUAAAAAUUCGAGAAAUUUUUUUAUAAUAAAAAUUAAUAUAAUAUUUUUAUUAUUGAAAACAAAUAAAUAUUAACAUCUUUGAAUAAAUAAUUUAAUUUUCUAGAUUUUAUCAAAUAUUUUAGUAAUAAAAUAUUCUCAUUUUAAUAAAAUUAAUUCUGCAAUUUUAGAAAAAUUGUUAAUGAACAAAAUAUUAAAAUUAAAUUUCAAUUUACAAUUUUAAUUUCCUAUAAGAUUUGAAAAGAAACAAAAAUCUAUUAUGAAUUUGAUUAUAAUUUUAUAUUAAAUUAUAUUAAAUAAUUUUAUAUUUUUUCUACAAUUUCUCUUUUUUUCUUGAUAUAUCAACAAAUAAUUUUUUUUCUAAACGUACAAUUCAAUGAAAAUUUAAUUCAGUUAAAAAAAUAUUUAUAAAGUAUCUAACUUCAUUGAUUUCACUGAUCUUGAAAUAUAUUAUUAAGAUCAUUUAAACAAUUUCGUCCAUAGAUAUAAGUGCUGCAAAGCUUUUAUUAUAAAAAUUAUAAUUAUUUUUAUUGGGAAAAGUAUUUUAUAUAAUAGUACUAAUCGUAAUUUUAAAAUUUGAAAUAAAUUCGAAUUAGAUUCUGGCGUAUUCAGGUUAUUUUAAGUAUAAUAAGUAUAAUAAGAUUAACUUUGAAUAAUAAAUAAGAAAGGUUUCAAUGGCCUUGUUAUGAUGUUAGGUCAAUGUCUUGAGUAAUUUCAUUUUUACAUUCAAAUAAAAUAAUUAAUAAAUCGUGUUAUUAGUUUAAAAUACUAGUUUAUAAGAAAUACUAAAUAUAAGUAAAACACAUUUAUCAUGAGUAUAAAACUCAUAUUUUGUUUGUAAUAUGUAUUACAACCUAAAAGUACAAAGUUUUGCAAAAUAAAGAGUACAUUGUAGGUAUGUAAAAAUGAAUCUCACAAUGAAAAUUAUUCAAUCUAAUCAUAUAGAAAUAAUUUGAAAAAAAGAUUUUAUAUUUCAGAUUUUGUAAAAUUUUCUUUACUAUUUUUUAAUAUUACUCCAAACAAUGUUAUUAUUUAAUUUUACUAAUUUUUUAAUGUGUUUUUUAAAAAUUUUUUAAAAUUUUUUUUUAUUUUAUAACAUUUUUUUUAAUCAUUUUCUAUUUUUAAUAUUACCAAAUUUUUAUCCUUAAUUUAUCUUUUUAUUAUAUUCAAAUCUGACGAACGAAAUAAUUUUUUCUUGAUUAUCGAUUAUAAUAAUUAUUUUUUUAUACUUUUCUGAUGGAUAUUUUCCAAAGUUUUUGACAAAGUUUUUUCCGUGAUUUAUUUUAAUUUCAUUAUAAAUAUCGAUUAUCAUGAUUGUUUAAAAUCUUUUUCUACUUAUUUUUAUUUUAUUCGAUAUAAGAUUUUCAUUUUGCUAUUUUUUUUAAAAUAUACGGUGCGUUUAUGAAAUUAUAUAUAAAUUAGGUAUAAUUUAUAUGUAAUAUAAUAAUAUAACAAAUAGAUCGUAUAUAGAUGUAAUAUCAUAUAUGAAGGUCAUUGAAAUCGUUGAAUACAAUCAUUUUGUAAAUAAUUAUUUUUAAUUCUUUAAGACAUUAAUUUGAUCAAUAUCAUAUUCUGAAGUUUUAGAUUUAUUAUACCUUUAUAACAUUCCAAAUCUUGCAUUUUUAUUUUUAUUUCGAUUAAAUAUUUUAUCAGUAAUAAUACUAUAUUAAUAAUAAUGAUUAUUGUGAUUGCAAUCUAUUUAAAUAAAUAUCAAAAUCGUGAUGCUAUAGUGAUUAAAAAAAAUAAAAAUAUGUAAUAUAUUAAACAUAUAAAUAUAUUUCUUACACUGUAUUAUAUUAAAUACAUUUGUAACAUUGUAUUAGUAUAUACAAAUAGUAAAUUAUUUUUUAAGAAAAAUUAGAAAUAAAUUGUUAGUUCUAUGGUAUGUGAUGCUCAAAACUUCUCUGGUCAAAUUUAUAUUUUAUAAUAUUUAAAAAGUCAGAAACAAAUUCUUGUGCUAAAAAAUAUGAUAAAACAACAUUAAAUUCAGAAUAAAAAAUAAAUUCUAUUUAUACAUACACACCUUAAUUAUUUUUAUUUUUUAUUGUUUUUUAAACAUAUUAUUUGCUACUAUAUUUUUGGUAAAUUUUUCAUAUUAAAUGACUUGAUAUUAAAAGUUUUUAUGUUUUUAAUGUUUAUUUUUAUUAUUGUAUAUGAUUUGUAUAUGAAAAACAAGUCUUAUUGAUAGAUUAAAAUAAGAUCUAGUGGAAAUAAAAUAUGUAUAUUUUGGAAUUUAACAAAAUAAGAUUCAUAUUUUUUUUAUAAAAAAAAAAAUUAGAAAUUAUUAUUAUUAUAUUCAAAUCCAGAAAUACCUAACUAGAAUAAUAGUAAAAUUACAUAUACAUUCCAAAGUCCAUUUAUUAAUUCCAUAGUUCAUAAAAAAAUAAUUUUUUAAGUAAUUUACGAUUUUACAUGUGAUUUUUAUGUAUUAUUUUUACAUUCCAGUUGCAGCUAUGUUAUUUAUGUAUUUAAUAUUAGUAUAUGAUUAUAAAUAGUUAUUAUAUAAAUAUGUAUGUAUAAUAUUUUUUUUUUGCAAACAUCAGAAAUUGCACCUUUUAUAAUUGAAUAUCUUUUAUUUUAUGUAAAAUUUUGUUAAUUUGUCAAAUAAAAAAAAUAAGAACGAUUAAUAUAAAAAAGAAAAAAUAAGAAAUGUAAAAUAAAUUUUUUUAUGUAAAAUUUUAUGUAUUCGCAUUUUAUAAUCAUAUUUGUGAAUUUUACAAUUGUAUAAUUUAAAUAUUGUAUCCAAUAAACUUUUUUAUAUUA